AUGGCGCCCCGCGAAGACCUCGUUUCAUCGGCGGUAACCUUCCUUCAAGAUCCAUCCGUCGCAUCUGCUCCCCUCGAGAAGCGGAUCGAGUUCCUGAAAUCCAAGAACCUCACUCAAGAGGAGAUUGCUGUAUCUCUCGCCCGUGCCAGCGGCGAUGCAGCUGCCAACCCAACUCCAUCACCACACAAUGCGCCCUACUAUCCUCCUCCAAACGUCCGAGGUCCUCCGGGUCCCAGAUACCCCUACCCUUAUAACCCAUACGGCGACUGGCCGCCUCCACCACCGCCGGAACCACCCAAACGAGACUGGAGAGACUGGUUCAUCAUGGCCACCGUUGUCGGCGGUGCAGGAUAUGGCAUUUACGUUCUUGCUCAGAGAUACAUCAAACCGUUAAUAUCGCCGCCCACGCCUCCGCAAUUGGAACAGGAUAAAGCCGCCAUCGACGAGCAAUUCAAUAAGGCAUUUGCGCUUCUCGAUACACUAUCUUCCGAUACUGCUGCAUUGAAACAAGCGGAAGAAGCCCGAACCCAAAGAUUAGACAGCGCCAUCACCGACAUCGAAGAGGUUGUCGCAGAGCUGAAAGCCGCGAACCAGAAGCGAGAAGACGAUGCCCGACGUAUGGAAGCAGAGAUUAAGAACAUGAAAGACAGUCUGCCUCGCUCUGUUGAUAAUGUGCGAGACGCGAGUGAGAGACAGUUGAAAGAACUGAGCAACGAGUUGAGCAGCUUGAAAGUCCUCAUGGGGAAUCGCAUGGGUAGUGGUUCCAGUGUCUUUGCAGUCCCACGCACGCAGCCGGCUACCUUGCCAGGCCCCACGUCUGCCUCCGCGUCAAACACCGCGGCAGCGACCCCUUCGGCUGAGAACACUCUCGCCGGUAGCGGUGUGAAUACUCCAAGGCCAGCACCAUCGUCGACGAGCUCGACAUCACAACUCCCUACGUCAACUCCAACUCCAAUUGCAGCAACUUCGAGCCGACCAACAACUACCAGCAAAGCCUCCAUUCCUGCGUGGCAGAUGGCGGCACUCAAGGCGGCAAAUAAUCCUAGCCCGGCGGCUGCGAGCCAUGGGGCUAAUGUGCCAGUCACCGCCAAUGGCACAUCUUCGGGAUCAUCCUCUCAGCAGCAGCAGCCGCCUGAUGGCGCAGAGGCUGUCGCUGCUCUUAACGCAAGUUAG